CCCAGUUAAAUGGCGGCCCCCCUCUAGUCUCUCUCUCUCUCUCUCUCUCUGGGUUUGCUGGUGCUUUCCUCUGAGUGCUAAGUAUGUCUGGGGAAGAGGAUGAAAAUGCUGCUGAGCUCAAAAUUGGUGAUGAAUUUCUGAAGGCAAAGUGUUUAAUGAACUGCGAAGUAUCCUUGAUACUUGAACAUAAGUAUGAACAGCUUCAACAGAUGUCUGAUGAUCCAUUGAAUCAAGUUUCUCAAGUAUUUGAGAAGUCAUUGCAAUACGUUAAACGCUUCAGCCGUUAUAAGAAUCCUGAUGCUGUCAGACAAGUUAGAGAAAUUCUUAGCAGAUAUCAAUUGGCUGAAUUCGAGCUUUGUGUUCUUGGCAACCUUUGCCCUGAGACUGUAGAGGAAGCUAUUGCUAUGGUACCAUCCAUUAAGAACCGAGGACGUGCUCUCGAUGAUGAGGCGAUUGAGAAGAUGUUGAACGACCUGUCGCUGAUAAAGAGAUUCGAGUAGCGGCCCCUUUGUGCUAGAUGACCGCAGUUGAGAGGGAGAACAGAUGAGUUGCCAUAUUUUGCAGUGUAUACAGAUUGGGCAAAUGACGAUAUAAAAUUGUCAUCGGACGUCAAGCAUUAAACCAAACGAAGUUUGAAUUGAUGAUGCAUGUUGCGUUGCAACAGAUUUAGCGUUCUCCUGGAUGCAAACUGUGAAUUGGUGCUGUUAUUGCUGUGGCAGUGCAGCAGAAUGA